CGAGCUUUGAAUUGUGGGUCGGCCGAGGGCAUAGAAGCUCUAUACAAAUGUCGCGAAUCGAUUCAGAAUAUAAAUAGAGACUGAUUAACUAGUUAUUCUGAAUGUCACCUUGAUAGAUCAGUUUCGGUUACUAUUGUGUCGAAUAACUCUUUUUGCUCCCGAAAGCAUCCAUCUAGCAUGCACGUCGCGAACAAGAAUACCACCGAUGAAGAGAAGAAUCUACCUGUUAACGCAUAUACUCCUCCCAAUGGAGGGGUGAAAGUAUGGGCGUGUGUUGCUGGGUCGUUUCUCUUACAGUUUUGCUCGUUUGGUUAUGUGAAUGCUUGUGGUAUCUUCCAGCUUUACUACCAAGAUGUUAUGCUCAAAGACUCGUCGUCUUCAGCAUUAGCCUGGAUUACAACAAUCCAGGUCUUUCUGCUAUUCAUGCUCGGGCCGGCAAUUGGUAAACUUAUCGAUGUGUACGGCUGUCGGAUGCUGCUUCCGCCAUUUAGCACCCUGGCUGUGUUUUCGGUUUGCAUGUUGAGUCUUUGUAAGGAGUAUUGGCAGGUUAUGCUGACACAGGGUGUGGCGUUUGGGCUGGCAGCUGCGGGAUUGUGUCUUCCUGCUAUGGCGUUGGCGACGCAGUGGUUUUCGACGAAGAGGGGGCUGGCGGUGGGAAUUGUGUCUGCUGGGAGUAGUUUGGGUGGUGUUAUAUAUCCAUGCAUGCUACCCCGUCUGAUAAACGAAGUCGGUUUUGCGUCGGCUGUUAGAUGGACGGCAUUGAUGCAAGGUAUUCUGCUUCUCCUUGCCAACAUCCUCUGUUCGAGACCAUUUCCCCCCAAAACGAAAGAAGAAUCCGGGGAUAAGUCAACUUCUAAAGCAGGCCUGGAUGGAUUCAAGAACUGGCCAUGGGGUUUCUUUAUUCUGGGAUGCUUCUUUACCAUGUGGGGUCUCUUUGCCCCUCUCAACUACCUCCCCGAGAUGGCUUCGCUUCAUGGAAUGUCCGAUUUCGCACAAUACACUUUGGCUAUCGCGAAUGCUGGAUCUCUCAUUGGCCGGAUUGUACCAGGCUGGAUAAGUGAUCGCAUCGGACAGUUCAAUAUGAUGUGCACCGUCACUUCCCUCUCUGGGAUCUUGGUUUUGGCCUUCUGGCUUCCUCUGGAAUUCCACACGUCCAUGGCUGGCGUCAUUGUUUUUGCUUUGCUUUUCGGCUUUGUCAGUGGCGGAUUCGUGAGUUUGGGGCCGCCUUGUGUUGUUUCACUUACUGGUGAUAGCAUGGAUUCUAUCGGUGUCAAGCUUGGUGGGUUUUGUUUGGCCAUUGCCCUCGGUGCCUUGACCGGUCUUCCUAUUGAAGGGGCCAUCAAGGAUCGUGAAGGGGAUCGUUUCACGGGUUUGAUGUGCUUUUCCGGUGUGGCAAUGAUCUUAGGAGGACUAUGCACCGGAACUGCUCGAGUGAUAAAAGGUGGAGCCAAAAUUUGGCAGAAAAUUUAAAGUCGUAGAAUGCCCUGCUAAGGCACUGCUGUUGCCUCCAUGAGAACAUGCUCUCCUCUCACUGUAAUUCAGAAAAAGGUCCAUCAUCAUCAUGUAUUAUCGCGGUUCAUAUAUAGAA